AUGUUCACGCCUGCGUUGACUGCCUUUGGCACUCAUUUGACAGGCUCACCUUCGCCUUCGCUAUCGUCACCGGCGACUGUACCCACAACUUUGAUCCAUGCAGUGCGGCAAGAUGACUCUCCUGAGGUCUUGACGAAUGCUGAAACUUGUGGCUACACGAGUGGAGCGUGGUCCUCUGCAGUGACCUGUGGAUCGCAGCAGUCGUGCACGUAUUACUCGAGUCCAAACUCGGCUCCGAACUUUGGUUGCUGCUCCAAUGGUUUGGGCUGUGGUUAUGUAUCGACAUGCUUGGACUACCGAGCUAAGGGAAACUUCAACACGUAUGCGGGAGUAGCGAUAGCAGGAGCGAACUUUCUCUGUGGCUCAUAUCUCCCAUACUGCUCUACGCUCCUUCUCUAUGGUACUACCUAUGCGCCUGGAUCCACCCAGUCUUUCUACUACUAUAGCUGUCAAAUCCGAAGUGGUCCAGCAGUCACUGCAUUCCAGACAACCUUCGACGAAAGAGACAAAAAUGCUGCUCCAGCCACGACCACGACCUCGGCAUCAUCAUCUUCAUCAUCAGCUACAACAACGACAACGGAAGCAAGUUCUACUUCCACGUCUACCACUUCAUCAAGUUCGUCGAGCUCUGAAAGCAGCGUACAGACCUCGCCUACCAGCUCUCUGCAAUCAACUCAGACGUCGUCAGGCGCAUUGCCUUCCACAAAGGCCAACAUCAUAUCGUCUUCGCCCAACGAUGCGUCCUCGACUAUCGCGGCCCCUUCGACAACCUCGACCAACCAUGCAUCGCCGAACGGAAUCUCCCAAACUUCGCAGAUUGGCAUUGCGGUUGGUGUAAGCAUUGGCGCUUGUAUACUUCUUGCUUCCAUUGCCUUCCUGUUCUUUCGUCACCGCAAGGCAAAAGCAGAUAAACGAUGGCUUGAUCAGCCUUCUCAGACUUUCCCAGCAUAUCUCCACCACAUGGACGGUAGUAAAGCAGCGCACCCCUUUGAUUACAGGUCCGACUCUUUUCGCACGAACUUGUCGGGUAAGUCAGCUAGCGAAGGAGCUUACGAGUUAUCUUCUACAGGCAGAACGCAUGAGCUUUCUGCUGGUGAUCACUGA